CGUGGCUCCAUGAUGGAAGAAGCUCUUCUCCAUUUCUCAACCAACUCAGCAGGGCAACAUUCUUUUGGGCUGAGUUCGUCACUCGACUGAUGUCUGAUGAUGCCGAUCUUCAGCAGCAGAUUCUGCGGAGAACACUUCAGGAGGUAGCACAGGAACAGCAGGAAGAGAAGGAUGUGGUUGACCUUUGUGUCAUCUGUCUCGACGCUAUCACCGAGCCUGCGGUAGCAGUUCCGUGCGAUCAUGCCAACUUUGACUUCCUUUGUCUGGUAAGCUGGCUGGAACAGCGCCGGAAUUGUCCACUCUGCAAGAGUGACAUUUCCUCCGUCAAGUACAACCUCGAAAACCCCCAUGGCCCUAAAAUCUACCAUCUACCUGCCAUCCCUCCGUCAUCUACCGGUGCAACCGCCGGGACAUCUCCUUAUCGCCUAGAGGCCCCUUUCCACAGGAGUUCUCGUCGACCGCGACGCCCGCGCAGCCCGCGCAGCCCCCCAGCCCAGUCACCGGACGAUCCACUUCGAAGGCGGCAACAUGUCUAUCGAAACCAGCUCUAUUCCCUUCGUGUUGGCUCCAAUCGCAUCUCGCAGUACCGCGAACUUACGCCAGAGAUGUUCAACCAUGACGAGGAACUUGUUUCUCGCGCGCGCAAAUGGAUCCGACGUGAGCUCCAGGUUUUCGAGUUCCUCAACCCUGAUAGCGCGGCCGACACAAACCAAAGUCAGAUGGCUCGUGCGGGCCAGCAAAGGCUUCAAAGCCGCCGGGGGAACAACGCUGAAUUUCUACUGGAGUAUAUCAUCGCCAUUCUUCGAACCGUUGACAUAAAGGGUAGCGCAGGACAGGCGGAAGAAUUGCUACGAGACUUCCUUGGUAGGGAUAACGCCACUUUAUUCCUACACGAACUCCAGGCUUGGCUCCGAAGUCCCUAUAUGUCUUUGGAAGACUGGGACCGCCACGUUCAAUAUGAUGACACUCCCACUCAACGGCCUCGCCAUGAGUUCGAGGCAUCCGAUCGUACAUCAACUCCGGUUUACAGGAAUAGUGGGCCUACCUUUCGCGGACGAGUUGCUAAGCCGCGCUAUUCUCGAGGACCACGUAACCAAGGAAGGGCUCGAGAUCCCGAGAUGACAGCUAGAAGAGUCCAGUAUGCCCGCGACCGGUAUGUACCCGAUUAAACGCGGGGAUGAGCUCAAACCCUCAGAGGAUUCACGAGAUUAUGUAAAUGCAACACGAUUGAAUGAUAUGUAGAGUAAUGAUCUGUCGCUAACAUAUGGUAUCUCAAAUGAUAAUAACAAUGAUAAGUAAUAAUGCACCAA